CCUCAAGUAUCUAACAUUGACCGAAGCGAAUCGUGUAUGGAUGCCCGAUUUGUUCUUCUCAAACGAAAAAGAGGGUCAUUUCCACAACAUAAUCAUGCCGAAUGUUUAUAUACGCAUCUUUCCCAAUGGUUCCGUAUUGUACAGUAUUCGUAUCUCGCUGACGCUGGCUUGUCCAAUGAAUCUCAAAUUAUAUCCUUUGGAUCGACAAAUAUGUUCACUACGCAUGGCUAGUUAUGGUUGGACAACAAACGAUCUGGUAUUCCUGUGGAAGGAGGGCGAUCCCGUGCAAGUGGUUAAGAACUUACACCUACCUCGCUUCACACUUGAAAAAUUCUUGACUGAUUAUUGCAACAGUAAAACGAAUACGGGUGAAUACAGUUGCCUCAAAGUCGAUCUACUAUUCAAGCGAGAAUUCUCAUAUUACUUAAUCCAAAUUUAUAUCCCAUGCUGUAUGUUGGUCAUUGUCUCAUGGGUGUCAUUCUGGCUUGAUCAAGGCGCCGUACCAGCACGUGUGUCAUUGGGUGUGACCACGCUGCUCACCAUGGCCACGCAAACGUCUGGCAUAAAUGCCUCACUGCCGCCUGUCUCCUACACGAAGGCGAUCGACGUUUGGACCGGCGUCUGUUUGACCUUCGUCUUUGGCGCACUGCUCGAAUUCGCGCUGGUGAACUAUGCCUCCCGUUCAGGUUUGAAUAAAGCUAACAUACAUAAGGAGAAUUUGAAAAAGAAACGUCGCGAUUUGGAGCAGGCCAGCUUAGAUGCUGCUUCAGAUCUGCUCGACACUGACAGUAAUGCAACAUUCGCAAUGAAGCCACUGGUGCGUCACCCCGGCGAUCCGAUGGCCCUGGAGAAGUUGCGUCAAUGCGAGGUGCAUAUGCAGCCGCCCAAACGUCCAAACUGCUGUAAAACCUGGCUAUCAAAGUUUCCUACAAGAUCGAAGAGAAUCGAUGUUAUAUCACGAAUAACGUUUCCGCUGGUCUUUGCGUUAUUCAAUUUGGUCUACUGGAGCACAUAUCUCUUCAGGGAAGAGGAGGAUGAGACCUUCUAAAGGUGAUCCGUUUGUGUGAUGUUCAUAUCUAUGAAAAUACAGCAGUGCAGAAAACUAGGCAUAAGAAGCUAUGUAGAAUCGAAAAAUCGUAAAAUCAAAAAAACAAAAAAAAAAAACGAAAACAAAACAAAAAGCAUUACGCGCGAAUAACUUGAAAAAUUAAACAAAAAUUAAGUGCCAUGCAUGCAUACAUAUUAUACAUACGUACAUCGKGAAAGAACGGCAGUAAACGUUGACAGCGAGAGUGGCAAAAAUAUAGCUCAAUAAAAAUAAUUAUUUAUUUUAAUUAUAAAAAUUAAAUUAAUUUAAAAAAAAAUAGCUAAAAAAAUUGAAAUAGGCAAUUUAUGCUCGUAAGUAAGCUAAGCAGGUUAACAAUUAGGAAAUUCAUGUAUGUAUAGCGAAUGUCAUCUAAUUAACACAAACAGUCAUAAAUUUAAUAAUUUAAUUUAAGUAUGUUAAAAUAACAUUUAUUUUGGUUAAUCCGCUGUUCUUUAAUUAUAAGCAAAUUUUAGAUGUGUUUCAGAGUACCGCCUAAUCCAGUCAAUGCUGCAUUUUACCAUCUAAAUAAUAGUCUAUAUAUUCCGCUAAYUGACUUAAUUAAGCGACUGUCUAAAAAGCCAAUUAAUCUGCGAGCAUUAAUACAUACCAGUUGCCUUGAAAGCGCUUCUCCAUCAAGGAAAUGUCCUGACGGUAGCUCUCGCCUUGUUCAUCACUCACCGCACCGAAAUUUGUCGGUAAAAAGGAGAGAGAGAGUGUCCAGCAUAUGYWUUUUUAAAGAAAAAUCUUAAAGCUUUCCWAAGCUUUAUAUGACAUUAUAAGUUCAUCUAUUAAGUAUAUUGUAAUUUUCCGAUUUUUUAGAAAAUUUUUGACAACGUAGGCAAAAUACUUCCAAUCGAGUUUUUCCGGUUGAUCCCAUCUCCUUAACUAUACGCUCUAUCGUCAUGAUGUCGAAAAAAAAAA